AUAAGCCUCGAUCGAUCAACAUAAAAGCAGCCACAGGGAUCCCACGAAUCACAGCUUUGGAGACGGAGUUAAGUUCAGUGAAUACCAACUGGGAUGAAUAUCAUGAAAGAAAAACUGGCAGCUUUGGAAACCAAGCUGAAGGCACAGGAGGGAAAAGACGGAAAGAAGACAAACUUCCAAACGGAGAUGGAUCCACAAGUGGUGACGUGGAAAUUGUUUGCUGUCAGUGUGCUGCUCCUUGCGCUGUACCCCAGCCAUGCUGCUGCGAUCAGCCCGAACGAGACUCUGGCCAUGUGUCUGAAGGAUAAGGACUUAAAGGACCUGUUAGAAAUUGCGGAGUUCGGCUUGCCUCACAUAAAUACAUCUCAUCACGUUGUUAUCGUGGGAGCUGGCAUGGCUGGACUGACGGCUGCCAAGCUACUGAAAGAAGCCGGACACAAGGUAACCAUAUUAGAGGCUAAUAGUCGUGUUGGAGGACGAGUGGAGACCUACAGGAAUGAAAAAGAGGGCUGGUAUGCUGAUCUGGGAGCCAUGAGGAUCCCAAGUACUCACAAGAUCGUCCGCUGGUAUGCUAAAGAGCUGGGGGUCAAGCUGAAUGAAUUCAUCAUGGAUGACCCCAACACCUUUUACUUGGUUAAUGGGGUGCGGAACAAGACGGAGACAGUGCAAAAAGACCCUGACAUCCUGAAGUACAACGUGACGGAAAGUGAGAAAGGAAAAUCAGCCGACGAGCUGCUACAACAAGCUUUGCAGAAGUUGAAAGAUGAAGUGAAUGCCAUUGGCUGCACGAAAGCACUGCUAAAAUAUGACCGUUACUCUGUGAAGGAUUAUCUGAUACAAGAAGGAAAUCUGAGUUCAAACGCGGUGAGGAUGCUCGGAGACCUGCUUAACCAACAGAGCCUCAUGUACACAGCGCUGAGUGAGAUGGUCUAUCACCAGACUGACAUAAAUGAUGACGUGAAGUACUCUGAAGUGACUGGUGGGUCAGACCUGCUCCCCAAAGCUUUUGUCGAAGUCCUCGAUGAACUCGAUGUCCCUAUUCUCCUCAACUCCAUGGUCAAACGUAUCAGCCAGUCAGAUAAAGGUGUGAUCGUAUCGUACAAAAAAGGCCAACAGUCUUCUUUGACGUACCUUACCGCUGACGUUGUCCUGGUAACAACCACAACCAAAGCAGCACUUUUCAUGGACUUUCAUCCAGCUCUCCGCAGUAAAAAGAUGGAGGCACUGAGGGCUACCCACUACGACAGCUCCACUAAAAUCCUCCUCACCUUCAGCGAGAGGUUCUGGGAGAAGGACGGCAUCCGAGGAGGAAAAAGCAUCACUGACGGGCCCUCUCGUUACAUCUACUACCCCAGCCACAGUUUCCCAACUAAUAAGAACAUCGGCGUCCUCCUGGCUUCCUACACCUGGUCUGACGACUCCCUCCUCUUCUUAGGUGCGAGCGAUGAAGACCUGAAAGAGUUAGCUCUGAGAGAUUUAGAAAAGAUCCACAACAACAAGACCCUCACGUCUCUCUGCACAGGAGUGGUGGUGAAGAAGUGGAGCAUGGAUCCUUACAGCUUGGGCGCCUUCGCUCUCUUCACACCGUACCAGCAUUUAGAGUAUGCUAAAGAGCUCUUCAGAAGUGAAGGCAGGGUUCACUUUGCUGGUGAACACACCGCCUUCCCUCACGCUUGGAUGGAGGCAGCUUUGAAAUCUGCAAUCAGGGCUGCUACCAACAUUAACAAAGAGUCCGCUAGAUCUCGCCACGAUGAGCUCUAGGAUUUACUUUCUAGGGCAACAAGUAUAAUAGCAGUAAUGAAAUAUUGGGGUAAAAUAUGGUAGUUCAGAAUAUAAAGAGGAAAAAAAUUAGUUUUGCUUGGUGAUUGCAUUGCUUGCUUUCGGAGUGAAGCUCAUCGCGAUUCCCUUUCCACCAUGCCGCUCUAAUCCGUAUGAAACUGGUGGAUUUUUGGCAGUGAAAGAUGGCUUGAUGUUGCUCGGCAAAAGCAUAAUCGGAUAUCAUUCACUUACUAAACAGCUUUUGCGUUAACUGAUGCUGAUAACAAUCAAUAAAAUUGUGGACCAUUAAUGUUUAUCCAA